AAUCAGCUGUGAAGUGUUGAGCAACUCAAGCUCUGUUAAUCUGAGCAUUGUUUAGAUGUUGUUAACGCUCACUUGGCUGGUCAGUGGUUUUUGCUUUGUUCUGACACUUAUACCGCUAAUGAGGAUGUAACGUGAUAUUUUUGCCGUGAGCUGUGAUCCAAACGCAAGCUACAAAAUGCCUGCGGUGUCCACUGGAGUGAAAGACUUGUACCUAUCAACGUCUCUAGGAGAUCUGAACAAGAAGGCAGAGAUUAAGCUGGACAAAGUUAGCACAAGACACUAUGUGCAGAGUGCUUGUAAGAUCUUUAAGGCAGCAGAGGAAUGCCGUCUGGAGCGCGAUGAGGAGAAAGCCUACGUCCUCUACAUGAAGUACCUGACUGUGUAUGACCUUAUCAAGAAGAGGCCAGACUUCAAGCAACAGCAGGACUUCUUCCUGUCAAUGCUUGGCCCGACGAGUUUUAAGAAAGCGAUCGAGGAAGCUGAGAAGCUCUCAGAGAGCCUGAAGCUCAGGUAUGAAGAGGUGGAGGUGCGGAAAAAGCUUGAAGAGAGAGAAAAGAGGGAAGAGGAGAGACGAGAGGAAAAGCCAGAGAAAGAUGGAAGAGGAGCUUCAUGCAAAGCAACAGAAAAAAGGAAGGAUAAUAAAAAGGCAAAAGGGGAACGGAAUGACCCAAAGAGUGUGUCCUGCACAGUGCCACCCAGUGGAGGUUUUAGUGCACAGCAGUUGUACAAUAUGAUACUGGACCCGGAGAUGAGUGUGCUGGUGAUGGAUGCUCGAAGACUUGCAGAUUUUGAGGAGUCACACAUGAUGAUUUCUGGUCAGAACUGCAUUAGUGUUCCAGAAGAGGCCAUCAGCCCUGGGAUCACGGUGAACCAGGUGGAGGUGAAGCUGCCAGUGUCCUCCCUGCCCCAGUGGAGGCAGCGGGGCUGUGUGGACUACAUCGUCCUGCUGGACUGGUUCAGCUGUGUAUCUGACCUCAAAAUGGGCACCACGCUACAGAGCCUGAAAGAUGCGCUGUAUAAGUGGGACAGCGUGACUAUCCUGCGCAGUGAACCCCAGAUCCUGGAGGGUGGAUAUGAGAACUGGUUACUCUUUUACCCCAUGUUCACCACCAACUCCAAAAUCAAACCACCCAGACAACGUACAGUGAAUCCACUGCCACAGCUGAAUUUCAGCUACCCCUGCCUGGAGGAGUCUCCACCCAAGAGUGUGAAUGUGUGCGUGAGUGAUAGAGAGGACGAAGUGGCUCCUGUGCAGGUUAACGGAAAGAUCUCUGUGGAAACCGCACAAGUGGAGCCCGUGGGACCUGAUACACAAGACCCCACACCCACACCAUCAUCACAGCCUAGUGUGAGCUCAGCCAGUAUAUCCAACCAAAAGCAACCUGUUGCUACAGCAAAGCCUAUCCCCCAGAUUGACCGUUCCAAAAAGCCAUCUGUUAAAACUUCGCAUGGCGGUAUGGGGAGCGAUGAGGGCACAGUUAAGGAUGCUCCUGUUCCCGCAGCGUUGAACGGGCCAGUGGUUCCAGAUCGCUCGGUCAAACCGACUCUGGAGGCAGCCGGCGGUCCGGCCCAGGGCGAGAAGAGGGAAAGUCACGGAGACAGAGAGAGAAAGAAGCAAGAUGAAGAGGACGAGAGGAAAGAGCGUGAGCGGCAAGCGAGUGAAGAGAGAGGAGCAGCAGAGAAACGACUGGGAGAAGAGAAGAAGAACGAGGAAGAGGAGGAGCAGAGACAGGAGAGAUGGAAGCUCGAGCAACAGAAAGCAGAGGAGGACCGGGGAACGGAGGAGAGAGGAACGACAGGAACCAAGGAGCAAACACUAGAUGGUCAGAUGAAGAGUAUGUCUCUGGACUCUCCUCUCCCCAACACCACUGUCUCAGAGAUCAAGCGGGAUACUCUGACCCGUGCCCGGAGUGAAGAGAUGGGGCGAACAGUGCCUGGUUUACCAGAUGGCUGGAUGAAGUUCCUGGACACAGUGACUGGAACGUAUAGGUACUAUCACUCUCCUACCAACCGCGUGCACCUGUACCCCCCUGAGGUUAGCAUCCCCCAGACUCCUCCGGCCACGCCUCCCACCCCCAAACAGAAGCCCCCCAGCACUGGAGUCACGCAGAAGGAGAAGGAGAAAGAGAAGGAGCGAGAGAGGGAGAGAGAGCGGGAGCAGUCCAAACUCAAGCGCUCUUACUCCUCUCCCGACAUCAGCCAGGACCUGCGCACAGAAGGACGCAGGAAGCCAGCUCAGAUGCCCACAGUGAACAGAGACACUAAACCCCUCACUGCCACCACGUAUGCUAAAGCUGAGAUUGCCCGACCCUCUGCUGCUAAGAUUAGGAACAUGAACCCAGUGUUUGGAGGUUUGGGUCCAUCUCUGACAGGCCUCCGUAACCUGGGCAACACAUGUUACAUGAACUCCAUUUUGCAGUGUUUGUGUAACACUCCUGCCAUGGCAGACUACUUCAACCGCAACUGUUACCAGGAUGACAUCAACAGAUCAAAUAUUCUGGGCCAUAAGGGAGAGGUUGCAGAGGAGUUUGGCGCAAUUAUGAAAGCACUUUGGUCAGGACAGUUUAAGUACAUCAGUCCUCGAGACUUUAAAAUCACCAUCGGCAAAAUCAACGAGCAGUUCUCCGGCUACGAGCAGCAGGACUCCCAGGAGCUGCUGCUUUUCCUGAUGGAUGGCCUUCAUGAAGACCUCAACAAGGCAGAUAACCGUAAGUGCUGUAGGGAAGAGCCGAACGAUCAUCUGGAUGACUUGAAAGCUUCAGAAAUGGCGUGGAGUAAACACAAGCUUCUGAAUGAGUCCAUCAUCGUGGCUCUGUUCCAGGGCCAGUUCAAAUCCACCCUGCAGUGCCUCACCUGUCUGCACAAGUCCCGAACCUUUGAGACCUUCAUGUACCUGUCCCUGCCCCUGGCCUCUAGCAACAGAUGCUCUCUGCAGGACUGUCUGAAACUGUUCUCGAAGGAAGAGAAACUAACGGACAAUAACAAGGUGUACUGUCCACACUGCAAAGCCCAGAGGGAGUUCACCAAGAAGCUGGAGAUUUGGAAGGUUCCGCCCAUUCUGCUCGUGCACUUAAAACGGUUCUGGUAUGAGGGCCGCUGGAAGCAGAAACUUCAGACUUCGGUAGAUUUUCCUUUGGAGAAUCUGGACCUAUUGCAGUAUGUCAUCGGCCCCAAGAACAACUUGAAGAGAUACAACCUCUACGCUGUGUCUAAUCACUAUGGGGGACUAGAUGGGGGUCACUACACAGCGUUCUGCAAGAAUGCGGCUAGGCAGCACUGGUUUAAGUUUGAUGACAAUGAGGUGUCCGAGAUCUCCGCAUCCUCUGUCAAAUCCUCUGCUGCAUACAUCUUCUUCUACUCCUCCCUCUGAUCCAGGCCCACUGUCACCAUGGCGACCAGUUGCACCUAUGUUUGGAGGGCUGCUGUGGGUGGUGCUUAAACCCUCCCCUCCCCUGCAAGGAUAAGGAGCUGAUUGAAGGGGUUUUUACUAAGAAUGGAGAUGUGAAAGAUCACACCCAUCUCGCACUAUCGUCUCUUUUUGCUCUCUCUGUUUCAGUAGAGAACCUAAACCAUUUUUAUUCCUGACAGUAGGAAGCGGAAUUCUCUGUCUGCUUUUGCCUCUGGACACACCCAGAAGGUGGAACAUGUUCACGUGUGGCCCGGCGCGGCCUGGUCCUCAGGGUCUGGAACCUUCGGACCCUUUCGUAUGUCUGAGAAAGUCUGAUCUCCAUAGCCAGACCAAACACUUCUACUUGUCUUUUUUGAGGUUGGUUACGGCCUGAGUGCUGAACAUCUGGUCAGGUGUGGCUGUGUUAGCUCUGGCUGUGUGAGACCAUCAGAAAGCCUUUAGGUAUAGCUGGCUUAUUGCUUUAGUUUCCACUAAAACUCCAAUAGGGUAAUGGAAAAAGUCAGGCAGAGCUCUUUCACAUUCAGCAUGUUUAUACAGCUUGUGCAGACAUGAUUUUAGUUCUGGUUUUUAAAGUGACCAAAUCCUUUCUCAGUGUCUGAGUGUAGGCCGGGUCUGCUGGGUUACAGCAGAAGCUCGGAGUGCGGAGUCUCCUGAGUCUGGACUGGACUCAAUUAAACAGGCUUCUCUCGCUAUCAUUUAAUGUAUCCUGAGCCAUUAAUCUCAUUUGAUUCUUUAAAAUGAUGGGUGUGUAGGGUGGUGUUAUAUCAGCAUAUAGUUCAUUAUAUCACUUAUCACCAAAUGAUGCUCUUCCAUAUAAAAUCCUCCAAUGAGCAGCAUAGUCUGGCUCAUUUUCUAACCUAAUGCAGUGAUCACACACAGACUUACAACUGAAUUUACAGUACAAACUAAAAUGUGUUAAUACACUACCGUAGCUAUGCGGUCCUUCCUGGCCUUUGAGCAGAGCAUAGCAUAUUUAGUUAAGGAUAGUAACUUUACGUAAGACUAGGGAAUCACAUGCAGCAGAGGUUGAUUGCUGUGUAGGUGUUUGCUAAGUCCACCCAUCUUAAAGUGGGUGUUAAGUGCUCCAAGCCUCUUUAGAACCCUGCCACCAUCUUGCAGUGCUGGCUUUGCUUCCUCUCCAGUUUGCCUUUGGUCAACAUUUCCCAUGAGUCCUGAGAGGAAAACACUCCCAGCCAGCAGGGGGAGCCAGACAUUCACCAGUCCACUGUUCUUGGUCAAACAGCAAACAUGUUUCUAACGUAAACUGCCAUUUUCUGCUGGCUCCUAAGUACACGUGUGGGUUUGCAGAUGUAGGGAGCUGGCAUGGGAUGUUGGGGUUGGCGUUGGGGUUGGCGGGGGAGCUGCUGUUUUUCUGUUUGGGGAGCAGGGUCAGUGAGGAGGAAGUCCUAGGGCUUCCCCAGUGGAACCCCCCCCCCCCCCCC